UUGAAUUUUAAAAUACUUUCAAGUUUCAGUAUUGUUUCUUUUUCUCAACAGUCUGGAUAGAAUGUGUCUUCCAAGUCUCUGGACUUGGUUACAGGUAGUCAACGGAUCAUCACACGACUGGGUGUGAGCUUAGCUAGAGUGUUGAAGCGUAAACUGGUAGCCCUUAUUUUUUUCAUUGAGUUGAGCUCAUUUUGAGUUCUGGUGAAGCAGUAUGGAAAGGUUUGUAACACAUGAACUCGGCGACCAUGACGGAGGACGAAUAUCACCAGUGGCCAGUGUGACUACACUGGAUAUUCACGUUCGGGCCCAUGUCCUUGUCCUCUAUACGGGUGGCACAGUGGGAAUGAUGCCUGGCGAGAAUGGGUAUGACAUACGGGCAGAUUGUUUCGAGCCCUUUGUGAGGAGCAUCCCCUUAUUUCAUGACAAGCUGUUGGAUGUCUCAGCAGACACAGAGUCUUACAGUCACCUUGGUCUACCCGAGCCCUUGGCUUUACCAUGUACGGGCUCAGGUCAGCGGCGCAUAGUCUAUACUAUCAAGGAGUAUUCGCCACUGCUGGAUUCUAGCAAUAUGGACAUGGAUGACUGGGUGCUUAUCACUCAGGACAUUAAGCACUACUACCAACACUUUGAUGGUUUUGUGAUUCUCCAUGGAACAGACACCAUGGCCUACACAGCCAGUGCCCUGUCGUUCAUGUUGGAAAACCUAGGCAAGACUGUCAUCCUCACCGGCUCUCAGAUUCCCAUCUCAGAAACACGCAGUGAUGGCAUUGACAACUUCCUGGGAGCGCUCAUGAUUGCUGGAACCUAUCCUAUUCCAGAGGUCACAUUGUACUUUCACGGGAAGCUGUUACGUGGCAAUCGUGCUGCCAAGUGUAGUUCUGAUGCCCUGGCUGCGUUCAACUCUAUGAACAUCCAGCCGCUUGCGCUGGCUGGAGUGAGAAUAGUGGUGGAGUGGGAUUUGAUUCAUCGGCCGACAACGACAGCAAAGUUUGACGUACACACAAAGCUAGAGCCACGUGUUGGUGUCCUUCGCCUGUUUCCUGGUAUCGCUUCAGAGACAGUGCGUCAAUUCCUGGCACCACCGCUGAGGGGUUGUGUCCUACAGACGUACGGUGUGGGUAAUGCACCAUCUAAUCGUGAGGAUAUCCUCAAAGCAUUACACGAGGCCACCGAGCGUGAUGUUCUGAUUGUCAACUGCACGCAGUGCGUACAUGGUGGUGUUGUGGAUUCCUAUGCUGUGGGCAAGACACUGGUGAAGGCUGGCUUGAUUUCUGGCUCUGACAUGACGCUCGAAGCCGCGCUAACGAAACUUGCCUACGUUCUCGGCAAGCAGGCUUUGAGUCACCAGGAGCGCCGCAAGCUGAUGCACGACAAUCUACGCGGUGAGCUGACUGUUAACCUUGGCCAGUUGGCAUUGGAUGACAGUCAGUUCAUUUUGAAAGUGGCACAAGUCAUCGGAGUAUCGACUGGACAGGAGUUGAAAAAGGUCGGAUCUGCCCUGUUCCCAUCACUUCUUCUUGCUGCAGCGAGAAGUGGUGACAUACGUCUGAUGAAGGAGCUAUUUCGACAGGGUGCGGAUGCUAACACGUCGGACGCUGAUCUGCGAUCACCCUUGCACGUGGCCUGUGCCGAGGGGCACACCGACAUGGUGCGCUAUCUGCUGGAGCGCGGCGCCUCGGUGUAUGCCCGCGAUCGCUUUGGCCGAAUGCCACUCCAAGACGCUAUCUGGGGAAAGCAUGCUGACGUGGUGCAGCUGCUUCGUAAGACUGGUGCUCACUUACAACUGGGUACCGCCGAGUUGGCACAUGAACUGACUGCCGCAGUAUUUUCAGAGCACUCUGUGUCAUCUCUUGAAAUGUGGUGCUUGGCUGGUGCAGACUUCAAUGUCUCUGACCACUUUGGCAUGUCACCCCUACACACUUGUGUAAUGAAGAAGGAUGCUGCGGCUGUAGCCUACCUACUCUCAUUGCGUGUGGACACUCAGAUGAAGAAUGAGUGGGGCAAUCGGCCACUUGAUGAAGCCAAGCGACUCGACUGCACAGAAAUCGCCAAGCUGCUGGAAGAAUACCAGGAGAGCUGACUUUGGGACUGAACUGAAUAUCGAACAAAGUAGACAGUGGAGAGAGACUUUCUCGCACCCCUGAUAUGCUGAAAGUGCAAUCACGAUGCUUUUCCGACGCCGCCGCCUUUGGUUGUAUUUUUAGAUUUCUUGAUGUCAAAUUAAAACUUUUCUAGCAGGCUAGAGAGUGCUUGAUCACACAGUAUCUCUCUCUUAAAACUAAGAGUCAUUUCAAAUAUUCUGCCCAAUAUCCCAAGCAGGCCAAGAAAUCUUCACUAAAAUGAAAAAUGUUCCAUCAUAUUAUUAUUAUUUAUCACAAGGUACACAACAAUAUUUCUCUAACGCAUAAAACGUUUAUAAAUUCUGUUCAAUACCAUAGCCACUAGUAAUUUUCAAGUAGUACUUUUCUAGGUUGUUCGUCUUGUCCGUCCACACUCCACCCUUCCCAUUCAAUUUUUCAUCUUUUCAUAGGUACCACCGGUGAAGAUACUACUUCUUUGGCUGAGA